AUGGUCUCACAGCAGGACGUUGCUCGCCUGGACGAGCGCCAGCGAGCGAUCCUUGACCGCCAGCUGAAUGGACUUGGUGGAGAGGCAGGACAACGCAAGAAUGUCUUUGCGUACGCGACACUCUCGGAUAGAGUUAUCUUGUCUGUUAGCUCGAUAUGUGCUAUCCUCGCGGGCGCCUUGAAUCCUCUGGUCCCGGUCAUUUACGGUCUUCUCGUCAGCGUUUACGAUGGGUUCGCCGCAGGAACCGUUCCCGCUUCCGAACUGCGUUCCAAAACCGCCACAUUCAGUCUGUACUAUGUCUACCUCAGCAUCGGUCUGUUUGUCUUCACCUACGUCGCCACGGUGGGGUACUAUUACACCGGAGAACGCAUUGCCCGGGCCCUACGGACCACAUACCUCGCCGCCAUCUUGCGCCAGAAUAUGGCUUUCUUCGAUCUCUUGGGCCCCGGCGAGAUAACGAGUCGCAUCAUGUCGGAUAUGGGGACAGUGCAGGAAGCGGUCACGAGCAAGCUGGCGGUGAUGCUGACCGCUAUCGCAACGUUCUGCGCUGCGUUCGUUGUGGCCUUCAUCAUGUAUUGGAAGACCGCGUUGAUCAUCAGCCCUUUCUUUGUCAUCAUGAUUGUGACGGAGACCUUGGGAGGAGCGUAUAUGGUCAAACAUCACAAGCGGGCGAUGGAACUGUAUACUCAGGCUGCCGGGAUUGCCGAGGAGGCCAUCGCCGCGAUCAAACAUGUCACCGCGUUCGGAAUCCAAACCCUCCUCUCCGAGCGUUACUUGUCCGUACUGGAGCAGGCCGCCAAGGCAGACCGAAAGGCAGAAAACAUGGUUGCGGGGAUGAUCGCCUGGAUGAAUGCCAUGCCGAAUCUUAUCUACGCUCUUGCUUUCUGGGCCGGCUCAAUCUACCUGACCCGCGGCCAGAUGUCCGUUGCUGAAGUGAGCGCGACGACAUUGGCCGUAACGAUCGGGUCCUUUGCCAUUAUUCGAAUUGCCCCUUCCGCGCAGGCCUUGCUCUCUGGGAUUGCAAUCACGGGGGAAAUCCUGAAGUCGAUCGCGCGGCGGUCUCCGCAAGAUCCACUGAUACAGCAAGGUGACGAGCCUUCGACCGUAGUGGGCGACAUUGUAUUGGACCGCGUCGGCCUCAUCUAUCCCUCCCGGGACGACGUUGAUAUCCUCAAUGAUGUGUCCCUGAGGUGUGCUGCAAUGAAGAAGACAGCCAUUGUAGGCUCGUCCGGCAGUGGAAAAAGCAGUAUUCUGGGCCUGGUGGAACGCUUUUACGAGCCGACGAGUGGAACAGUCUUGCUGGACGGACGUGAUAUUCAGUCUCUCAACCUUCGCUGGCUGCGACGCCAGAUCUCCCUCGUAGAUCAGAUGCCGGUUCUUUUUAACGCCACAAUCUUGGAAAAUAUUCUCUUCGGGUGUUCUGACAUUGUCGAUCAGUUGUCAGAGUCCGAAAAGCAUGAAAGGGUUUUUCAAGCAUCCAAAAAGGCCAACGCCCACGACUUCAUCAGCGCUUUGCCGGACGGCUACCACACCCACGUGGGAGAAAAGGGCCUUCAGCUUUCCGGAGGGCAGAGGCAGCGAGUAGCCAUAGCACGUGCCUUGAUCAGAGACCCUAAAAUUCUUCUUCUCGAUGAGGCAACCUCCGCUCUCGAUUCCAAGUCCGAGGCAAUGGUCCAGAAAGCUUUGGAUGCGGCAGCCGAGCAUCGGACGACCAUCAUAGUUGCUCACCGGCUAUCCACGAUUCAAAACGCGGACCAUAUCAUCGUGCUGGACCAAGGAAAGGUUGUGGAAGAGGGUACGCACCAUGCGCUCAUUGCGCAGAACGGGGCGUAUGCGGCCCUGGUACAGAAGCAGCAGAUUGGAGAUACUAAUGACCACAAGACCCCAGACGGCACCCGCUUGUCCAUUGACGAUGAUGAAUCCCCCUAUGGUGGCAAUCUUGAAUACGUCGAUGAGAAAGACAUACGAACGGAAGAGGUUGCGCUAUCUUCGGCCGCUCAAGAGGAGGGAACACAGAGAGAAUCACAUAAAAUGAGUGCACCGCAAACCAUCGCAUUCAUUGCACGUCUCAGCAAGAGAGAUUGGAGGGUUCUGCUCUUCGGACUCGCAAAUGCCAUACUUGCGGGUUUAACCAUCCCAGUGCAAUCGGUCUUCUUUGCGAAAAUCCUGACAGCCAUCGGCUUCGCCCCUCCUCAGUAUCCACAACUCCGGUCCGAAGUCAAUUUCUGGUCUGGACUUUAUGUCAUGCUGACCGGUACCACCUUUCUCUUUUGGAUGGGCGUCGAGAUUACUUUAUCUUACGCCACCCAAAAACUCGCUGGGCGAGUUCGCGAGAUGUGCUUUCGCUCUAUCUUGGUGCAGGAUAUGUCCUUUUUCGACGUACCAGGCAACUCGCCCAGUGCGCUUUCCAGUGUGCUUUCAAAGAGCACCAACGAUCUUGCAGGUAUGGGAGGACCUGUUCUGGGCGGGAUUCUGACUUUCAUCUCGACGAUCAUUGCAGGCAUUGUCCUCGCUUUGGCUAUCGGGUGGAAGCUGGCUCUUGUCUGCACUGCAACCAUUCCGAUCGUGGUGGCCUGUGGCUGGCUGCGCUUGCAAGUUCUAUCCACAUUCGAUAGCAAGGUCCGGCAGAGUGGAAUAGAAUCAGCAGCUUACGCAGGAGAGCUGGUUCGUACGGUGCGAACUGUUGCGUCGCUGGGGCUCGAGGAGCAUGCUCUGGCCCGCUAUGAAGGCAUUCUGGCAAGACAAGCCGCAAAAUCCCUUCGUUCCAUCUUGUUGGCCUCCGCCCUGUAUGCCGCGUCUGCGUCGAUUGUGUAUCUUUGCGCGGCGCUCGCCUUUUGGUAUGGUGGCACGCUAAUCGCAAGCCACGAGUACUCGACGUUCCAGGUUUAUAUCUGCUUUGUCAGUCUGAUCUCCGGCUCGCAAAUCGCCGGAUCUAUUUUCACGUAUGCCCCUGAUGCAAGCAAGGCCAUGCAUGCAAGCCGAGAAAUUCAGGAUAUUAUUAAUCUCAAGCCCACGAUUAAUAACACGGUUCCGACCACGCCACCGCCCACCCAGGCAGGCACAGAGAAGAAACAAACCCAGCAGAGUUUGAGCGCCUGUCGGGUGGAAUUCGAGCAUGUCUCAUUCACCUACCCAUCCCGACCAACGAGACGUGCCCUGGACGAUCUCCACAUCACAGUGGAGCCCGGUCAAACGCUGGCCCUGGUCGGCCAAAGUGGAAGCGGAAAGAGUACAUGUGUUUCCCUCCUCGAGCGUUUCUACGAUCCAGAUCAGGGCCGGAUUCUCAUCGACGGGCAAGAUAUCAGACUGCGGGAUGUGGACGAGUAUCGUCUCGAUAUCUCGCUUGUGAGCCAAGAAACGAUUAUUUUCUCCGGCACGAUCCGAGAUAAUAUCGCCGUUGGUCUGGCAGGGCAUGAAGUGCACGACAACGAGAUUCUGGAGGCUUGUAAACAAGCGAAUAUUCUUGAAUUUGUGCAGUCCCUUCCGGAUGGACUAUUGACCUUGGUUGGCACGGGGGGCAGCAUGUUGAGUGGAGGCCAGAAGCAACGCAUCGCCAUUGCGCGGGCUUUUCUUCGAAAACCCAAGAUCCUGCUACUUGACGAGGCCACGUCGGCACUCGACAGCCAGUCGGAGGCUAUUGUCCAAGAAGCCAUGGAUACAAUCAGAAAGGAUCGGACUACAAUCAUGGUGGCGCAUCGCCUGAGUACCGUUAAGAAUGCGGACGUGAUUUGCGUGUUGCAGGAUGGCAAGUUAUUGGAGAGUGGAACCCACGAACAGCUUAUGGCGAAGCGGGGGAAGUACUGGGAAAUGGUUGCUAUGCAGAGUCUGCACUGA